AUUAAAGGACCAAUUGCAUUUCUCUGACCUGUUCGUCUUCUUCUACCAUUCCCCACAGCAGAGAGAGAGAGAGAGAGAGAGAGGAGAUUGAGGGACUUGGACGUACUUGAGACAGAGGACCGCCGAAGCGGAAGCGUAGAUCGUAAGGCAGAGGCUGCACGAUCACAAUAACGUUGUUUUCAUACUAUUCAGCAGUUCUGGAUUACCCGUUCUAGUGAUGCACAACAACUUUGGGAGGCCCAUUUAACGCUUACCGAUGUCUGAUUUCAAUGAUUUUUGCAAGUACAAAUUUGUAUUUCAAUUUCAUAUUUCCUGUAAUUUUAUGGGAUUUUCUGAAAAUAUAAAAUUUUAAGGUAUUUUGGAAAUAAAUGCAAUUGUCGGGUUUUUGGGCCUCAUGAGAGCUUAAAUAUACACUUAGGUUUUCUGCUUUUAUUUUUAGAAAAUUAUAAAAGAAUUGUUGGGUUAGAGAUGCGCUUGUGUUGGUAUCGAUUAAGUCUGUUUCGGGAUUUUAAGUUGAAAAUACUAAUUUUUCGAAAAUUUGGAUCUUGAACCAUAAUAUUGAUUUUAAAAAGUGCUGAAUUUUGAUAAAUUAUGUUUUCUAACAUGCUAAACAGUCCAAAUGGAGUUAUGACCCUUUACCGGCAAAUAGGGGUUUAUUUCCUCAUCCGAAUCUUCGUCUGUGAGUUGACAAUUCGGGAAUAAUAGAGGCAGCGACUAUGGCUGAACUGAUUCUCGGGCCCGUUGUGGAGUCCAUCACCGGACAUCUCCUUUCCCUCGUCUCCCAGGAGAUCGGACUAGCGCGUGGUGUCAAAGUUGAGCUCCAGAAACUCCAGAGUUCUGUCUCUGCUAUUGCUGCCCUGCUUUGUGAGGCUGAGAGGAGACAAGUCCAGGCUGCAGACUUGAAGGACUGGCUCAAGAAGCUGGAAGAUGUGCUUUACGAUGCUGAUGACCUGCUGGAUGAUUUCUCCACUGAAGUGUUGCGUCGUCGUGGCGUGGUGGGAGGAGGUAAUCGGAUCCUGAAUGAGGUCGGUUUUUUCUUCUCCUCUUCUAACCAACUCGUUUAUGCCGAUAAGAUGGCUCAUCGAGUCAAGGAUAUCAGGGAGAGGAUCGACGCCAUUUCGAAUGAUAGGGUCCGUUUUCAGCUCGCGGAAAGCAGUAACCUUGUGAGUUUGGUGGAGAACCGGGUCACGCGAGAAACUUAUCCCUAUGAGCCACAACCAUAUGUGAUUGGAAGAGACACGGACAAGAAGGAAGUUAUCGAGUUCUUACUUAAUCCUGAUUUUGAGGAGAAUGUUUCCGUCCUCCCAAUAGUGGGUUUUGGCGGCCUAGGGAAAACGACACUGGCAAGACUCGUAUUCAAUAAUGAUAGCGUGAAGGAGUACUUCGAGUUGAAGCUUUGGGUUUGUGUGUCGACCAAUUUUGACGUGAAGGAUAUUCUGGGGAAGAUAGUACGAGAAUGCAUUGCUAGCCUCAACAUGAAUGAAUUGAGAAACUUGCUUGGAGAAGAGCUCGAUGGAAAGGAUGAUAUGAUGAAAAUGUCACGGGAUCAGAUUCUGGAAAAGGUACUUGCAAAGCUCACCAACAUGGAUGAGCUGCAAAGAAAGCUGGGGGAAGUGCUCGAUGGAAAAAAGUAUUUACUCGUGUUAGAUGACGUGUGGAAUGAGAAUCGGCGCGAGUGGUUGAAUCUCGAAUCAUUUCUUCAGAACGGUGCAAAAGGAAGUAAAAUAUUGGUGACGACUCGCAGUCCUCUUGUGGCCAGAACUAUGACUGGAAGAUCCCAUAAAUUGAGUGGCUUAGCCGAGGAUGAGUCAUUUUCUCUGCUAAUGCGAAUGGCAAUGAAGCAAGAACAUGAGUGGAGAAAUGAAAACUUAGAAUCGAUCGCAAAAGAAAUUCUAAAGAAGUGUGCGGGAGUUCCCCUCGCAAUUACAACGAUUGGGCGACUGUUAUUAUUCUCGAGAAAUACGGAAGAAGAUUGGUUGAAAUUCAAGAAUAAUGAUUUAUCGAGAAUAAAUCAAGAAGAAGGUGACAUCAUGCCAUCCCUUAAGCUAAGCUAUAAUUUUUUGCCGUCACACUUGAAACGGUGUUUUUCUUAUUGUAGCUUGUUUCCGAAAGAUUGCAAGUUGGAAAAACGUGAGCUCAUUCAUCUUUGGAUGGCACAGGGAUAUAUCAAACCCCUAAGCAACAGGCAAACAAUUGAAGAAGUCGGUCUAGAUUAUUUCAUGGAGCUGCUUUCAAGAUCCUUUUUCCAGGAUGUGGAGGAAGAUCUGUAUGGCAGCAUCGUGAGCUGCAAAAUGCAUGAUUUGAUGCAUGACCUUGCACAGUCAGUGUCGGGAAAUGACUGCAUCACCAUUGAUAGCUCAAAUGUGAAAACCUUCCCUGAAGGAACUCGUCAUGUAUCUAUAGUUGCUGCGGGAGAUUAUAAGUGGAAUGGAUUUCAUAGGGAUGGAAGAGUAAGGUCUGUGCUUUUUAUUGGUGGAAAGCUGGAGAUUGCGAAUGGUUAUUUGGAUGUUUCUGGUUUUACAAAUCUGCGGGCACUACGUCUGCGUUCUGCUAAUGUAGAAAAGAUAUCCAGUUCGAUUGGUAAAUUGAAGCAUUUGAGAAGCCUUGAUCUCUCAUUUAAUGAUGAGUUAAGGUAUCUUCCGAAUUCCAUAAGCAAGUUGUGCAAUUUGGAGACGCUCAACCUCAGAGAAUGUUCGGCUCUAGAAAGAUUACCGAGAGGCAUUACAAAGUUGGUCAAUCUAAGGCAGCUUAUUCUGAGUGGAUGUCGUAAUCUGACACAUAUGCCAAGAGGAAUUGAGAAGUUGACUAGUCUACAAACGUUAGAUGUAUUCGCGGUUGGGGGGAAAUGGUACAACCGAAAUGCUGCAAGGCUGAAUGAGUUAAGUAGACUUACCGGAUUGAGGAGUAAAGAACUGACUAUUCGACGCUUGGAUAGAGUGGGGAGUACCUCAAUAGAGAACUUGGCUCUUCAAUCUUUGAAACUAGAAUGGCGGGAUUUAGUAGACUCAGAAGAGGUUUUGGAGAGACUGAGACCCCAUCCAGAUCUGAAGGGAUUGAGUAUAUAUGGAUAUAGUGGUGCUAGGCUUUCAUCGUGGGUUUAUCAACUGCAUAGACUAGUCCAGAUUGAGAUUUCCUUUAAUGGUAAAUGCAGCCAUCUACCACCUCUAGAUCAGCUCCCUUUCCUGAAAAAAGUCUCCUUGCAGUUCAUGUGGAGUUUGGAGAGCAUCGAAUUAUGGGAGAGUAGUGGGCAGGAGGACAAGGAGAGUGGGAUGCCACAGUCUAAUAAUAAUUUCUUUCCAUCCUUAGAAGAAAUAGAGCUGGAGGGGUUGCGUAAAUUCAGGGGAUGGGAGAGGAGGACGAGCACCCGAAUUGAACGAGAGGCGGAUGAUCAUUCUUCUUCUUCUUCGUUAUUAAUGCUCCACACGUUCUCUGACAAGGUCAAGGUCUCCAUAGAAUAUUGCCCAGUAUUCUCUUACGCGCAUGGUCAAAAGCUACGACAACUGGGGGUAACCACGAAUAAACAGGUACAGAUGUUGCUGAGGGAUGCAUCUCUAAGCCAAGAUCCAACCCCCGUCCUUACUGUAGCGCCAAUUCCACCAUCGAUGAUGACUAUGACCGCUGUGUCUUCUAAAUCUCUCUCCACGCUGACGCAAAUCAUUUUCAGUGGAAUGGAGGAUGCAGAGGACUUCCCUGUGGAGUUGUUUCGGUCCCUCCCGUCUCUCCAGUCUCUUGUAAUCAGCGAAUGCAAUCGCCUGAAAGCUCUCCCUGUAAGGGCAAUCCUCCAAUACCUACCAUCCCUUGAGAUGCUGGAAAUUUCUAACUGCGAAGAGCUUGAUUUAUCAAUGGAUGAAGAUAGUCACGACGGUGUUGGUGAAGGCAUGAACAAUCUGCAGCUGCAGGGCAUGACUUCUCAGGGGAAGCUACGCGGCUGUCCGCAGCUUGACUUCUCAGGGGAGUCAGGAAAUCAACAAGGCAUGCCUAAUUUGCAAUCCGGCGAACCCACUAAACUUCGGAAAUUGAUAUUUUUCUCGAUCCCUAAAAUGAAGACUCUCCCGUGGUGGAUUCAGCACCUCACUAACCUUGAAGAGUUAAAAAUCUAUCACUGCAGCAAUCUGAAGGCUUUGCCUGAGUGGUUUCCCAAUCUCACCUCACUCAAACAACUUCUUGUUUUUGGUUGCGGGAAGGAGCUGCCAAGAAGGUGCAGAAGGAAUACCAGAGAGGAUUGGCCUAAGAUUUCUCACAUCCAGAAUGUAGAUGUAGACAAUUAGUCUGGUUCAUUCAAACUCCUGGCCAUCUUAUCAAAGAUAAUGUUAAGGGCCUCCUCAUAUGCUUCCUGCUUUCACGGUACUUAGCUUAAGCUCUUAGACAGCUGAGCGACGCUGACGAUCGAGUUCCAGUCUUUAAUGACUGGGGAACCUUUGAAAGUCUCUUCUACUUUGAUCAAUGAAGGUUGUUCUUCUUCCACUCCAGAACGGUACUUCCUGUCAGCUGUCGAGAUCAUAUCGUCCCAAGCUCACAAAUUCAUCUUCCCGGUCGAGUUUCUGAAAGAGGGACUGGUAAUAUGAAGGGCCUUCCCUCUCUGCAACCUACUUCCAGUAUUUAGCUCAAGCUUUUAUACUGCUGAGGAAUCUUGGUCGUCGAGGUUCACUUUUCCUCAUAGGGGAAAGUUGAAGAAUCCUUUACGUUGGUCAAUGAAGCUUGUUCUUAGUCCCUCCACUCGAGUUUCUGGAAGAGGGAGGUGCGGAAGUGAUGCUGGAGAGGACUGGCAUAAGAUUUCUCAAAUCCAGGAAGUGACCUCAGCUCUGACUCCGAUAGAAUGCUGAUGAUAUGGAGGGCCUCCUCUGCUUCCUGCUUCCAGUCCUGAGCUCUUAAACUGCUGAGCAAUGUGGCCCUCGAGUUUCAGUUCUUCUCAAGAGGAGACACUGUCUCCUUAUCUAUGAUCAUCGAAGCUUUUCUCAUUCCACUCCCAGGACGUUACUUCCUGGAAGAUGUUGCCAUCAUCUUUUCCCAAACUCAUUAAUCAUCUCCCAGCCAAGUUUCUGAAAUUGGGAGAGGUGAAUUGCUGUCUUGUUGUAUCAACUUCCAAACUUCAGCAUAUGUGAAGAGCGUUUGACAAAUUUAUCUUGAAAAUCAGCAUUUUCAGAUGGAAAGGAUUUGUCACUUGGUGGUGGCUGGAGAGAUGUUCUUGGGGACAAAAUAGUGCAACCUCCCCAUUCCCGGACUGCGCCUUUUACAAGCUUUUUGCUUGCACUCAUCGUUCUUUAUCAAUGGAAUUAGUCUGAAGGCACCAGCUGAGAUAUGCGAAGUUUAAAAGACUCCAUUAGUUUAAUCAGCGGAGGCAGUUCUUAUUACCCUCUCAGGUAGCGUCAAAUAGCCCUUAGGGAUGGAUAAGCCGUUGUAGAUGAAGUCGGUCAUGGCUUAUGGGAAAGCGCCCUGAAGAGGCAGCGCCAGCCUCAUGACUUCGCAGCCCACGUUCCAUGAGUAUUUCAUCUUCUGGAUGUCAUCCCAGUUCAGUAGCUCGCCUGGUGCUUUCGCGAUAGCGAUUCCACUUGCUCUGCAAUAUUAUUAUCUAAUCGUUUUAGAAACUGAAUUGGUACAAAUUCUUAUAGAGAAGCCUAUAAAUAGAAGACAUAUCGAACAGAAGAUUACCUUUGUAGACUUCGUUAUAGAUGUGAGGGAGCUCGGCGAGGUACUUGACAAUGAAUGUGCGGGCGGCGCUAGCAGUGUCAUGGCCUCCGAUCAAUAGCCCAAGGAUCUUAUCGGCGAUGUCCAUCUCGUUCAUGUGCUUCCCAUCCUCAUCAGUGGCCAAGAGCAUGUGUGACAGUAUGUCCUGUCCUGGGUAGGGGUGGUCUUCCCUUCUGGCAGGUCUAUCUUCCUCUGCUUGAUGAUGGCACCAAGCUCCUUCCUAAUGAAGUUGGAGGCCUUGAUCGCCUAACUUAUUAUUUAGCAUCUCCCUCACAAGUCACCCGAAUUGAAAAGCGAAAUCCUUAUCGAAUCAUCGAUCGGGGGAAGACGAUAAGAAUCAGUCCGUUAACAAUGGGCAAACUCUUCUACUCACAGCGGCUUCUCAUUGUCUUCCUCAUAUUCGCAGUAGAAGAUGACGAAAAGGGAGACCGAAACGAAGGAGACGAAGAUCAGGAGGAGGGAGAGGUGGAAGUUAGGCUCCAAUGUAUUGAGUUCGGGGGUAGAAGAUGAGUAGCAAAUGGGGAGUUGAGUACUUCAUGGGUCGUCAAAACAGCCAACAGACGGCCUAUAUUAUCAUUUGCUAAAAAAUGCUAAUGUACAACCAAUUUCACGGUUUAAAUGAUUCAAUACUUGUUCUCCUCAAGCAUGAUAUGAGAUUGGAAUAUUCUAAUGGAAAAAAAGUCACGCUAAGAGUUUUACUUUCAGUAUGA